AUGGCUUACAUGCGGCAAAAGGAGGAAGUUGUCGUUGUCGGUGGACUCGACAACGGCGGACCCGCUCAGAAUCUGACAUUUUCAAGCGGGUCGAUCGAGAGUUUGAGCAGUUUGGCACAAAGUGUGCUACGAAUCCGGAGCUCGGACAGGACACCUCUGCUGAAAACAACCAAGCUGUGCCGAUCGCUCUCUGGAGCACCACAAUCCAAUGGAGAUUCGCUUUCGACGUCGGUCGCCAUGGCCGACGACUCAAGAACGGACUCCGCCCGGGGACUCAACACAUUUUCUGGGGUUUUCACUCCAGUAUGCCUCUCGAUGUUCAGCGCAAUAUUGUUCUUACGUAUAGGUUUCCUCAUCGGGCAUUCCGGUCUCCUUGAAUGCAUCGUGGAAAUGGUAUUGGCGUACGGAGUUCUCGUAUUCACAGUACUCUCCAUAUGCGCGGUUUCAACAAAUGGUGCCGUCGAGGGCGGAGGUGCCUACUUCAUGAUAAGUCGCGCGCUGGGUCCGGAAUUCGGAGGAUCCAUCGGGACAUUGUUCUUCAUAGCCAACAUAUUUUCCUCCGGUCUAUACAUCACGGGGUGCGUCGAAGGUAUUCUUGUCAACUUCGGCCCGACAGGACAAGUCUUGCCCAUCCUCGAAGAGUCUGCUGGUUGGAAACUCUUCUACGGAUCCUGCAUCAACUUGCUGAACGUGUUGGUGUGCCUUGUGGGAGCCGCUCUCUUCGCGAAGACAACUGUUGUGAUUUUCGGGGGAGUUAUGGCCGUGGCUUUCUCGGUCGCUGUGUCGAUGCUGUUCCGAGGUCAACACAUGGUUGGCACACCCAGCGAGAAUACUCUCAUACCGAUAAACGCCACGAGGGAGUUCUUGUUCACGGGACUGAACGCAACGACAUUCGGCAAUAAUCUUCUUUCGAACUACACCGUGGACUACACCAGCGGCGACAUCACAUCGUUCUCAAUUGUGUUCGGUGUACUGUUCUCAGGUGUAACCGGAAUCAUGGCUGGCGCAAACAUGUCCGGAGAAUUGAAAGAUCCGUCACGAUCCAUUCCUCGAGGAACACUGUCGGCCGUCAGUUUCACCUUCGUCACCUACCUGAUUCUGAUGAUGUUGACUGCCGCAACCUGCAGCAGGGAAUUGCUCGUGAACAACUACCUGUACAUGCAGUACAUCGACUUUGUGCCAACCAUGGUCACUGUCGGAAUAUUCCUGGCUACGUUCUCGUCAUCCCUCAGCAACUUGAUCGGCAGUUCUCGCGUGUUGGAAGCCCUCGCAAAAGACGAACUUUUCGGCUCUUUAAUGACGCCCGUCGUGAAAUACAAUCGGGGAGGAAAGAAUCCGUGGGUGGCUGUGCUCAUCUCGUUCAUGCUGGUUGAGUGCACGCUGCUGAUUGGCUCCCUGAAUAAGAUCGCUCAGAUCACUUCGGUCUUCUUCCUACUCUCCUACCUCUCGACGAAUUUGGCCUGCCUGGCUCUUGAUCUGAGCUCGGCGCCGAAUUUCCGUCCGUCUUUCAAGUACUUCUCGUCGACCACCGCUUUCUUUGGCCUGCUGGGUUGUGGGAUCAUGAUGUUCGUGGUGUCGCCUCUCUACGCAGCGAUCGCGAUUAUCAUGUGCCUCUGCCUCGUUAUAGUAUUACACAUCAGAUCCCCCCCGGUCCGCUGGGGCUCGAUCUCCCAGGCUCUGAUCUUCCACCAGGUCCGGAAAUACCUCCUCCUGCUGGAUUCUCGCAAAGACCACGUCAAGUAUUGGAGACCGCAAUUCCUCCUCAUGUGCGCUAAUCCGCGGACUGCCCUCCCUCUGAUCCUGUUCGCGAAUGAUCUGAAAAAAUCUGGUCUGUACGUCAUCGGGCACGUCAAGAAAGGACGCCCUCAAGACUACCCUACGGAUCCGAUUCUAGACGAAUAUCCACUAUGGCUAAGUCUGCUGGACAAAAUCAAGGUCAAAGCCUUCGUCGAAGUCACGCUGGCACCAACAGUACUGGACGGUCUCCAUCAUCUCGUUCGAAUCGCCGGCUUGGGAGCCAUGAAACCGAACACGAUACUCUUCGGAUUCCAUGACGAAACCGAGCCGAGUGAUUUUUUCAACGAGCACCGAUUCGAAGAGCUGAAAAAUGCUCGCAUCGGGAAGGAUGUCUUCUUGUCGUUACGCAACGGGGAAGGCGACCGCUUGAGCAAAAUCGAGUUUGUGCAGAUGAUCGACGAUGCUCUCUACUUCAUGAGCAAGAACGUUGUUUUGGCUCGCCAUUUCCACAGAUUGGACAAGGGAGCCAUCGUGCGUUCGACGACUCCUCUGCACAUCGACGUAUGGCCCGUAGACUUCCUCCUGCCGAACGCCUCUGUAACGACAAUUGACAACAAUUGGAUGUAUAUAAUGCAGUUGUCAUGCAUCUUACACAUGGUGCCUGGCUGGAAGAAGCACACGACCAUCCGAAUUUUCAUGUGUGUUGCCGAUGCGACCGACGACACCACUCGACAUCAGAGACAUUGGCAGGGCAUGCUCAACAUGCUCCGGAUCGAUGCGCGAAUCAUCACCGUCAAAUACGAUCACCUGACCGCGAAACUCGAGCAAACAGGGGCUCCCGGCGAGUCCGCACCUAUCGCCAGCAACACAUACCUUUCGGAGUGCAACGCCAUGAUGCGGGACCACAGUGAACAGACGGCCGUGUCAUUCCUUUAUCUGCCGCAGAAAGGCGCUCGCAAUAACUCAGAUACGGAGCGCCUCAGGUAUCUCGAACAACUGAGCAUCCUGACGGCCGAUCUCCCACCGACCCUGCUCGUCCACGGCAUCAGCCCCGUGACGUCUACGACGCUGUAAAGCGAUCACCGAACUUUCAUGUACAAAGAUGUAGGAGAAUCGAGUGGACGAAGCACCGGCUGUCGAACGUCUCAAAAUAGGGAAGCGUCAGUUAUCAUGGCUAGCUGAUUCGAUCGAAACAAACGCACACUGAAGAGCGUGUCUGGCUCUGAAGUUCGACUCGUUGCCCGCUCGACAUCAUCAUCAUCAUCGCCUACUGUCUUCGAACGACGGGUUCACCGUGGAAGGAUCCAUUCACUUUAAUUGUCGAUGAUCGAAUUUCGGGUCGAACGUGAUCUAUUAACAUGUGUCACAGCCUUCGAUGGAGUAUGCAGACGAUUGAAAAGGUCACCGACGUCGACAGGUUCAGGUCACCGAGCGAGCAAGCAAGCAAGCAAGCGGGCGAACAACCAGCGUUACGUGAUGCUUGACUUGAGUGAGAAUGGAUGCGAAUUUACUGUACAUCGAAAAAGACAUUACAGAAUGUGAUCAUUAUCAACACAAUCGCGAGAACGUCCACCCUCCUCUAUUUUGUUAUUACACAACUUAAUCUAGUUCUACUGAUAGGCUGGGAGACGAAUCUUUGAGAUAUUGAGCCUGGACCACCGAAAGCAGCAAGAUAAUUUCCGAUAGGAUUUUUUAGUGUAGGUAAUUAAAACGAGCGAAACACGAGGGGGCUGAUCGGAAACCCCCUUCGCGAAAAAAGUUCAGCUCUAACGCUUUAAUUUGCUUCAUACGAUCCGCUGCUCUGAUUUGUUACUUCUCGCUUCACUAAGCCAUCGCUUCCCCCGAAACCUGAGGGAAGCUCGAGAUAGACCAUGGCAUUAUGGUCUCGGAUGAGAAUUCACAUGUCUUUUUCGUUCGCCGCAUCUCUACACCCUGCACGAGAUCGGCUGUGCCGACAUCGGAUCAUGCCUUCAAUAGAGCAAACAUUGGGGUAUGGUACGUCUGAAGAGCCGCGCUCCGUCGGCCUCGCAUAGGCUGUGAGUCUGUGAUGUGAGAAUGAUGAAGAGAAACGUUAGGCAAAUGAUUAUAUAUAGAACGCGUAUUUCCCGUCCCCGGGUACUCCCUCACUGAGUCGUCCCCGAUCCCGACGCGGUCGCUGCGAUGCCAGAGUAUAUGAUGGCUUCUCCAUCUCUGCGGCAGUUUACUGCGGCUCGCUCGCGGACAGGACACACAAUGUUUUUGUCGGGUUUGGCACUCGAUCGCAGGAUCACUACGAAAACGGAAAAAUGUCAGGGAACGAUUUUUGCCGGAGCAAAAACACCGUGGGAGCCACCGCCUAGGGAAAAACGAAAUAUUAUUAUUUAUAAAGCAAAAUAAAGAAUAUUGU